UGAAGAAACAAUCCAAAGUUACAUUCUAUUGUCGGGCCUGCGGUUCGCUGCCUGGUUGAAAUGAGGACGCUAGAAAUAAGGCGAAGAUAAAAAUAUCGUUUCCUGGUGCUGACACUGCCUCGCCGAACAAACCACAGCCGUGACUUUGCGCCGAGCACGUGGAACAAACGAUCAACCACGGAGUAACAUCUGUUGCGUAGGAAAAUAUAAACGGUCCGUUGGUGAGUGUUGUUUGUGGCCGAAGCAAUUAGUGUUGCGGAAAUUCGAGUGAAAACGCUGUCGCAGCGCUCGCUCUAACUAAGAUGCUCGAAGACGAAGAUUCCGAUCGGGUUGUGAAAAUCUGUCCGGUCUGUAAGGAGGACGCAACGAAGCGAUGCUCUCGGUGCGCAAUGGUGUUCUACUGUAGCGUGGAGCAUCAGCAGCAACACUGGAAGACGCAUAAACUUACCUGCAAUCCGUUUAAGAUUUUCUCCAAUGAGCAGUUUGGCCGGUUUUUGGUGGCCACCAGGGACAUCAAGGCGGGUGAAAUCGUCAUCAAGGAAUCGCCUCUGGUUCAUGGGCCCGCACAAGUCACGGGUCCCGUCUGCGUUGGAUGUUUGCAGGGUUUACAAGAGAAUAAAUAUCUGGAGUGUGAGCGGUGUGGCUGGCCAGUGUGUAAGCGUUCCUGCCAAGACCAUCCGGCUCACCGGGAUGAAUGCAAGCUGACCGUAGGACGAGGCAGCAAGAUCUCCGUUAAGCACUUUUACGUGCCACAUCCGAUGUACCAGUGUCUAAUGCCCUUACGGUGUCUUCUGCUGGCCGAAAGUGAUCCAGUGAGAUGGGAGAGUCUGCUUCGGCUCGAGUCACACGACGAGGAACGGCGAGGAUCCGAACAGUGGCGCAACGAUCGCGAAGGGGUUGCAAAACUCAUUCCGAGGUUCUUCAAGUGCGACAGCCGCUGGGACGAGGACGAGAUCCUGCGGGUGGUCGGCAUUAUCCAGGUGAACGGGCAUGAGAUCCCACUGACGGACCCAUCCUCGGUGGCGAUCUACAACCUGGCCUCGAUGCUGGAGCACUCGUGCCGACCGAACCUGACGAAAAGCUUCACCAACCGCGGCGAAAUAGUGAUCUGGGCCCCGAAUGCGAUCAAACGGGGCGAUCGGCUCAGCAUCUGCUACACGGACGUGAUGUGGACAACCGGCAAUCGGGUGGAGCAUCUGCAGCAGACGAAGAUGUUCCGGUGUGAGUGUGAUCGGUGCAACGAUCCGACGGAGUACGAGACCUACUUCAGUGCGCUCCGUUGUGCCGGCUUUCAGAAGGACUCGAAGUGCAAGGGCUAUCUGUUGCCGGUGAACAAGGAUGAGUGGAAGGAUGAUUGGCGUUGCCUCAAGUGCCACAAGGAGGUGACGGGUGCGGCCGUUGGUCAAAUUCUAGAGCGUGCCCGGAUGGACCUGGAAGCGAUGCAGAAACAUCGGGAGGAUCACUGCAACAAGUACAUAAAGCACUACUCCAAGUGGCUCACGCCCAACCAUCAAUACCUGGUGGACGUGAAGAUAUCGCUGUCGCAGGUGAUCGGGGGCAAGGCUCCGGAGGCGAUCAAGAAGAUCCCCUACGAGAAGCUGAUGCACAAGAUCAAGCUCUGCCAGGAUCUGGUGGCACUGUUCGAGAAGAUCUGCCCAGCCGAAGCCCGCGCAUUCGGAGCUACGAGAUUCGAGCUUCACGCGGCCCUCGCGGAACUUGCUCGCCGCAGCACGGAGUCCAAUAAUCCGGCCUGUACGGCCCAACUGGAAGAAUCACUGUUCAACGCCGACGAGUGUAUACGGAUGCUGCUACACGAACCGAGCGUACUGAUGGAAAGCAAGAUCUGUGGACAGGCGAGGUUAAACGCACAGGCACUAAAGUCUCUUUUAGGUAUCAAAGAUUAAUCGCACGUUAGGUGGACAGUAGAACCAAGACAGUGGCACAUAGAUUAGCAUUGCAUUGCACGAAGACACCACCCAAAGUGAUUCCUAGAGAAUGGUAGCAGACUAAACACUCUCAUUUAGCAAAUAAAGCACCGUUGUUAGACCA